AUGGCGGAAACUUUAAGCGCCAAAAAUCAACCUUCGGCAUUGAACAAGAAAGGUAAUGACCGCGAGGCAUUACUUCGCAUGGCAGUGAACGUCAUUGCAAUGUUGGGGCAUAUGAAUGCUGAUGUAAUGUCCAUGCGACAGGAGUUGAUUAAACCAGCGUUGAAACCAGAAUUUCAAAAAAUUUGCCAUGCAACUGUUCCGCCAAACUCAAAAUUCUUAUUUGGCUAUGACUCGGCGAAACUGGUUCGCGACACAAAGGAAAAAAACAGCAUUGCAAGCACACUGACGCUGCCAAGAACAGCUCGCAAUACUAGCACAGCAAACACCAGUGGACGCAAUACUCACACCUACAGCCGUGAGGAUAUUAAUAACUCAUACACGGGUGACAAUCGUGGUAGAAAUACACAUACGAGGCCUUUUUUAUGGAGAGGCCAAAAACCAUAUCGCAGGCGACCCGGCACGAGAGGCAACGGGUCCCAGAACCAGCAAAGGAAGUGA